ACACUUGACCUUAAACCGCAAAUUUCUCUCUAUCUAUUGAGAUGAUACACUCAGCUGUCUCUAUCCACACACACUGAAAGAUGAACGACAACCAGCGCCGAAGAAGGAGCAUAGGGAGUGAGAGCUGCAUGCUCUCUCCCAUUCUCCCUUUCGAUCUGGUCGUUCAAAUCCUGCAGAGGCUUCCAGUUCGAUCUCUCCUCCGCUUCAAAACCGUCUCCAAAUCGUGGCGGUCUCUGAUCUCCGAUUCCCAUUUCGGUAAAUCUCACUAUGACCUAGCUGCUUCACCCACUCACCGUUACCAUCUCACAAUAAUCAAUGAUUCUGAACUCGAGUCCCGAGAUAUGGAUGCUUCACUUCGCGAUGUUUCUGCUGUUGUCAAACUCAAACUUCCUCGUCCAUGUGAUAAAGCUGGUGGUGACGAUGAUGAUUCAGAAUUUUUGGGUGCUUGCAGAGGAUUGAUACUUGUAGUCUUUAAUUCGGGUAAAAUCAUUAUAUGGAAUCCAUCUACUGGUUUUCAGAGACGAAUUGUAGGAAAAGAGAAUCUUGGUGAGGCUGCGUUGAAUUAUCUAACUGGUUUUGGCUAUGAUAGGUUUACUGAUGAUUACUUGUUAGUUGUUAUAACGCCGAUGCAUUUGGACCCUGAUGAUCCUACUGAAUUUGAACGUGAUGAUUUACGUUUGUCUGAUUACUACAUUGAGUUUUUUUCAUUCAGGGCAAAUUGCUGGUCUCGCGUCGAGGGUGUUAGUUUUCCAUAUGUGUAUAUUCAUCCUUAUUCAAGAAUUGGAUCACUCUUGAAUGAUGCUCUGCAUUGGUUGGUUAUCUCUUUUGAAACUCAGCUUGAUGUUAUUGUUGCCUUUGAUUUGGUAGAUAGGAGGUUGUCUGAGAUUCCUGUAUCGGAUACUUUAGCUAAGAAAUUAGAAGAUGAUCAAUAUUUUUUGAGGGUUAUCGGAGAAUGUCUCAGCCUAUAUUGCCCCGGUAACAUGGAUAUAAAGGCUGAGAUUUGGAUGAUGAAAGAAUAUAAAGUGCAGUCAUCUUGGAGCAAGAUGUUUGUUUUUUCUACUUGUAACAUUCCCCGCAAUUUCUUUUUUCCAAUAUGGCUCAUCAAACGUGGAGAAAUUUGUGGGUCAAAUGGCUCCGGAAGAUUGAUGAUACUUAAUGACAAAGGAUGGCUGCUUGAUCAGUGCACAUUUUCUCCCGAACCCGAUCAAGGUCAAUAUAUGCAAGCGGAUUGCGGUUUGUAUAGAGAGAGUUUAAUAUCACUCCCUAAUGACUCUGAGGAGGAAGCAAGUGAAGGUGACCAGCUGAUGAUUUCUUUGGAGGAGAAACGUGAAGGUGACCAAUAGUAUCUGACAAUAAGAAUUAGGCAGGCCAUGCAGGGUGCAAUAGGGCUCUACACAGUUAUGCUUGAUGUCCUGGCUUGCCUUCAAAUGAUGAUAUUGCAAGAAGAGAGCAUAGCAUUUGGAAGAGAAUUUUAUUUAUAGGAUGUUAAAUCAUCUUGCUUCAGUAGUGUUUACUUAGUGGCGAUUUGAGUAAGUUUGAGCCAAGGCAGGCUUUUGAACUUAAUUAUAUUUCAUUGUAUGAGUUAGAAAAUUCUAGCUGGAGUUAGUACUUUCAUUUUAGCAUCUUUAUCUUUUUCAUGUUGUAAUGAUUCUUGACUUUUCUAUGAUACUGUGCUGUUAGCUUGUUAUGCACCUUAAUUAUCUUGCAAC